GAGAGUGGAGCUACGAUGAAAAAACCUGGAGCACUCGUUCCCCUGGCACUGCUGCUGCUUCUGCAAUCUGGCGAUUUGGUAAAUGCAGGAACUGAAGACAUCUGCCGCCUGUUCUCCAACGGCACGGUGAUCCGGGAUCCCGACUCCUGCAGCCAGUCGAUCACCUGCAUCGACCACGUGAGCCACUACGCUACCUGCUCGGGAUCCACCCCGUUUUUCGACAAGGACUCAGCGAAGUGUGUGAAGAGCCUAUCGUCCUCCACAUCCAGCUGUUCGAUUUCCUGCCAGGGCGUGGCCACCCACUUCCUCGCGGACCCGAAGUCCUGCUCCGGGUACUACUACUGCUCGGACCAGGAGACGGCCUUGCACGGCACCUGUCCGCAGGACACGCACUUCAACUCCACCACCCAGACCUGCACCCGCCUCAACGAGUCGGCCUGCACCACCAGCAGCUUCGAGUACUGCAGCAUUGUGAAGGACAAAGUGAGCUUCGACAAUCUGCAGGGCUGCAACAAGUACCACGAGUGCGAAAAGGGCGUCUUGAAGGACAAGACUUGUACGAGCAAGUACUACCAGGCCAGCACGGGCACCUGUGUGGACAAGGCCCUGGUGGCCUGCGAUGCCCAUCCCCUGCCGACCGACGUUUGUGGCAAGGCCAGCAAGCCCAAGGAAGACACGUUCGUCGGUGAUGCCGCCACCUGCCGCGGGUACUUCUACUGCGCCAAGCAGAAGGACGGCACUCCGGACCCGAAUCCCUCGUGGAACCAGUGUCCCCAGGAUCGAUUCUUCGACGAAACCAACCAGAAGUGCAACUACCCCAAUUUGGUGAAGUGCUCAAACGAUCGGUGCGAUGGUCGCACACCCCCAUUUGUGCUCAGCUCCAAGGCGGGCUGCCGGGACUAUCUGGUCUGCUCGGAUGGAGUCACCGUGACCACGAAGUCCUGCGGCAACUACUUCUUCGACGAGGACCUGGGAUCCUGCGUUCAAGACGUCAAGACCUACUCCGUGUGUUAGGUGUAAAUACUUUGAAUAAAGCUCAGCAAUCAAUGUGAUAUGG